GUGUCCGGUGCAUGUGCAGUCGCCGGCCUGUACAGCUGCUGAGGUGGUGGUGGCGGCAGUGACGAUGCUGUGUUCCCCUGUCCGUCCCUACGUGGUGGUCAGCCACCGGUCACCUGCACCUCCUGACGCCAAGGUGUUGUUUGACCACGCCGCCCACCAUGCACCGCCACCUGCUGCUGCGAACAAUGACAAGAUGGACAGCCGGAGUGGGCGAGGCGGGCGCAGGAGGAACGUGUUUAAGGGGUCGGUGCUUGUGUCCAUCCUGCUCGAGUCGCAUCCCCGACGUUUCCGCAGUCGUGCGUCGGCCGUGCGGCUGGCCAGGCGGCUGCAGCGCGAGGGCUACAUCAGCAGCAUCUUCGGCGCCAGAGCUUUCGAGGACUCGGCACAACUGUACAUGUGGCAGGACGAUGACGUCGCUCGGCGUCACCGCCUUGCCAUGACGUCACCCCAAGCCGCAGUGACGUCAGCAGUGGCGGGAGGAAGAGGGGAGGACAGCGCGGCCCCCCUGCAGCGUGGCGAGGUGGAAGGUAAGAGGGAGGAGAGGGCGGAUAGCGAGGACCGAGGAUGCCCGGAGAAGCUGGACGUGAAGCUGAUCGAGGACUUGAAGCACAAGGUGCUGAACCGCAGUGAGGUGUACAACAUCGUGACGUCAUACAACACCUUCUUCAGGGAGCUGCAGCAGGACUUUGGAGACAAAGCUGAUCGCCAGAGCGAGUGUGUGGGUCAUCUCCAGAGUUAUCCGCAACAGCGUCACUCGCAUCCUUCCAGCUCGCAGCACCAGGGCAAGCGCCAGCACCAUCAGCAACACCAACAGUAUCACCAACACCACCUGCAACACCAAAAGUAUCCAGAACCGCUUCAACAUCGAGAAAGUAAUCCUCGACUUCAGCCUCAUCAGUCAGUUUCACAACAACAGUACCAACAGGAACAUCCAGAACGCCUCCAUCAGCUAGGGGACUCGGAGGUACCGUCACAUCUGCGCAGUAGCCGUCAACAUGGUCAGAGAGUCCCUCAAGGCAGCCUGAUCACCACUCCCAACAACGAACAGGUGUACACUAGCGACAUCUACCAGAAUCCUUGGGACAUCAAGGGUGAGAACGCGGGCUCCACAGACAGUUCACUGGACACCCAGACUUACUUUCGCACCAGGGACAGGAACAUCUGUCGUGAUCCUCAGGUCAUGAUGACCUCAUCGGUAGGCGCCAUCGGUCCGCCCAAUCAGCCCCACGAGCAGGAGAACAGACCGCCAGAAGGAGGGUGUGACCCUGAGACAGGGUCAAGGUCCCUGAGCCAUCCGAGCGACGCAGCUACGAGGACGUGGGGUGCGUUGGCGCCACACUACCCCGAGGACUCCAUCAAACCGUACGCUACCUCCGCCGUGUCGUCAAGGGAGCUACCGGCGAGCAGCGUUGCGACCUCGGGGGCAGACAGUGGCGCCGCCAGGAGUCGCUGGUCGCAGGAGACCGCAGUGUACUCGUACUCUGACAAUGAGAAGCAGCUGAUGGAGGAGAUGCGCCGCAUGAAGAAGGAGCACCAGGACGUGCUGAGGACGUACGAGGGCCGCGUCAACAAGCUGAUGGCCAAGAUGCACGAGCUCCGUGACAUCGCUGAGAUGCUGGAGAACUCCUCCAGCAAGUCCUCGCCAUACGGCCUGCUACCGGCCAGAGCCACCAUCCUCAACAUCCUAGGCACCAAAUUUGAAGAUAACGAUAAGAAGACAGUAGUCUCCUCAUCGGGAGUGCAGGUGGAUGUACCGCCUCCCUUGCCUCCCAGACCAGACAGAAGAGGUCGCAUCUACCCCAACAAGCCCAUCGUUCACCCCCGGGUGCGCAUGCGCGCCUUGGUCUGGAGCAGAAUCAUUCUUGGGGACAGCGGGCAAGAUGAGAAACAGAACACUGUGUGGUAUGGCAUGCAGGAGCCGAAACUGGACACAGAAGAGAUCGAGAAAUCGUACGCGAGCCCUCCUGACCCCGCGGCCGAUGACGUCACGCUGCUGGACGACAUUUGCGUCAUCAGGGAACGUCCAAAGCAACAGCUGUUGGCCAUGUUUGACACCGAGCGCUCACACCGCCUUCUAGCGGAAAUGAAGAAUUUGCGAUGCACCCUCGCUGACGUCGUGGGUGCUAUGACGUCACUGGACAACGGGAAUUUGCACCAGGACAGUUUUGCGGAACUCUUAGAACUGCUCAACUCGCCACGAGACCUCGACCGCAUCCUCCAACACGUGAAGCGGAAAGGCUCAGGGCAACUGGACUGGCCAGAGUACCUGGUGUUCGAGUUGUCCAAACUCGACCAUUUUCGCGAGAGGCUGGAGUUUCUGCGCUUCAAGAACAAGCUCCUCAUCAACCUGUUUGAAAUAGAUCAGCAGCUGCGGGAGCUGACAACAGCCUGUGACGAACUAAUGAACAAUCUGCCGCUGAAGAGCGUGCUGGAGACGGUGCUGGCGGUGGGCAACUACCUCAACGGGGCGUCAGAGCGGGGGCAGGCUGACGGCUUUCGCCUCGACAUCCUCAACAAGUUGAAGGAUUUUGUGGACCGGUCCAAGCGAGGGAACCUGCUGGAGCUGGUCAUGCGCACUUACUGCCUCCGCUACGAGGGCGGCCUUGACCUGGUGUGUCCCACCCGAUUCCGGCUACCCGAGCCCUCCAACAUGCGGCACGCGGCACAGGUAUCUUUGAUGAUCCACAAGGCUCUGAGGGAUCUUCGCGAGGAGUUGUCACAAGUGAGAGAGCGGCUGCAGGUGCUGUACAACAAGGACAGUAGCAGCCUGACCAUUGCCCUGCGGGUUACCAGCGAGAACUUCCUGACUUCAGCGGUGGAAAUCCUUGCGGAAGAAAAGCGGAUGCUGGAUGACACUAAGGGACAUUUUUGGAAAACCAUCUCCUACUUCUGUCAUGGCAACCGACAGAGCUCACCGCACGAGUUCUUCCACAUCUGGGCCACGUUCCUGCACGACUGCAAGUACUACUGGAAGCUGGCGCACCGCAACAUCGCCAGGGACAAGUUCGAGCACGACUUCUCCACCAAGUGCCAGCUGUCGUGCUCCUCUGUGCCGGGCUUCAACAACCUCAAGAACAAGAUGAUCCGCACGGUAGCCACGCUGCGCAGCGACCAAGAGAUGCUGGCUUCCAGGGCUCAGCAGCUGCAGCACAUCAACAACUGGAUUGAGUCCAUCGGAAGGUACACGCAGGAAAUGACUCCGCAGACCCCAGCGACUUUGCGCGAUCCUUUCCACGUGACCACCACCACCUCAGGCCAGCACGAGCGGCGGUACCCAGAGCACCGGUCGUGGCCAGCCACGGAUAGGAGAGUGACAGGGGACCGACCUCCGUCCCCCAAAGCGAUCACGGCCACCCCGCCCAACGUCCACAAGCCCCAGCCUGUCCUUCACGCUAGUCCCCCGACCGCAUCAUCCGCCUCCUACUCUUCCACAACAUUUCCUGUCGCGGCCAACACCCACGAUGGGCUUCAUUACACCAACAGCGCACACAACCGCCAACACCCGACCGACGCUGACGCCGAGGAGAACGACUACGAGUGUCUGACCAAGUCAACUCUGCAUGCGCCCGAGGGAGAGGAACUAAUGCACGACGCUGGUGACAGUGAUUGCAUGCGUGGGUCACAAGAUGUCGGGGGCAAGAAAAAUCCCAACUUUUCGCUGAAGGCGCUGCUCAAGAGAGAGCCACGACAGGGUGGGUCAUGCGAUGAGCUGGCCACGCACACCGGCCCGUCUCCAUCCCGUGCAGCAACGGCCACGCCCUUCAACAAGCUUCGCAACACUGUAGUACAGAGGCUCGCCGGCAGUUCCAAGAAAGCCGUUGACGUCAGGGCUCCCGUAUCUGAUGUUCAUCGCGACGCACGGACACCAGCUUCUGACGUUCCACGCAAACCACCACGAGCGCAUGUUGACGGCGAGUUCACGCCCUCGCAUCAAAUCCUGUUCCAUCCACGUCAGGCGCAGCAGUACGCUGAUGACGUCAGACACGCUUCGCUGGAUACAACCGUGCAUCACACCCGAGACCUCGCCAUCCAAGACUCAAUCCCUCACACGGCCACAAGCGCUACCAAAUGCAGCGUAUCUCCUAGCAAGCACGAAGCAGUGCGGUCAGGUGAGACUGUCAGACACAGGGACACCUCCAGCGAGCGAAGCAGCCGCCACAAGAAUACAGACGGGUGUCCUGCAGCGCCAGGACAUGUGCCCAGUGCGGGCAGCGUGCAGUCCUCGCCUCACAAGGGCAGUCGGCCGAGAAACAGGGCGCCCAUUGCACUGGGGAGCAACAUCAGCAUCUCGGAUGCCUACGACCGAACAGAUGGCGUCCGACCUCCCCAGAACAGCAGCGGAGGCGUCGUCGUAGCAUCGAGCGAGAACUCGUCGACCGCAGGAGCAUACGUGCCGCCCUCUAUCAGUCAGCCCAGCAACGCGGACUCCAAGUGGGUGAAGGCUCAGCCCGUGCCCGUAUACAAGGCCAAACUUAUCCCCAACUACGAGAACCAAACCAAGCUAGACCCACGCCUGGAGCACGGCAUCCGCGGACAGGCCGAGCCAGUGCUGCAGCCUUCCCCGCACAUGUCGCAUCUGCCGCAGGCGUCGACCAGCUCCGACGUGUACCGCCAGGAGCUGCAGCGCAAGAGCGAGAUGUACCUGGGCCUCACGCCCUCGCAGCUUUCCCACACGCCAGGUGCUAAGGUCACGAUCACCGCCUCACAGCUGGCAGCAAGCACAGGGGAGGAGGAACACUGUCCAACCUACGUCAACGACUUUCACAUCGCAAGUUCCCGCAGCGUUGCCGACACUCAGAGAAAGGGAGGUCAGUCAGAGCAAGCCAGAUCUUUUGGCGCUUACUUUGCCAGCGCCGACAAUUUCGGAGCACCUCCCUACCAGCCGUUAUCCUCCGCCAGGAAGGAAGACACCAGAGGGAGGAACGGGAGGGGUCGAGAGGGUUCGAGGGAGAGGUCAGCCGAUGCUGUUGCUGCCCCGGUGUCUAACGAGGCGCCCCCUAGGGUAUCGGCCCUCAUCGACCGCUGGGAAAAGCAGACGAACGACGACCCUGCAGCGGAUGGACAGGACAAAGCCCCGUCUAUGACUCAACUCCAGUUACACGGCGUAAACAUCCAGCAGGUCGUGACGAGUGGACAGGUACUAGUCGUCCUCCGCGUCCUGACGAUCCAGACACCUGGGAAGUUGCUAAUCAACGGCGUCUCUUCGUUUCCGCAAGGCAUGGCGGUCAGUAGCAGACCUCACCGGCAGAAGACUCCUCAUCGUCAACAGCAAUUAGACAACCAGCAAGAGCAUCACCACCAGCGUCAGCAUCAGGAUCUGCAUCCACAGGUUUACAACACUCUUCAGCAGCAAGAACCGACCAGCCAGUUCCAGUACACUUCCCAACAUCCCCACCCAUCCACCAAUACCUAUCCUCCUCGAGUCUUGCACACUCCUGCACGACAUUCAAACGACAGUAGCUCUACAGCCGACAUCCCGGGUAGCUACGGAGAGCCGCGGUGGACAGCGCCACCACGCGGGGCUGUUGGUGAUGAAGGAAACAAGGCGGACAAGGCCCGACCUGUGCCCUUGCCUCGUCACAACAUUCCGGGGGCCCUGGCUGUUGUCAAACCCACAGUCAUGCACCAAGGCUCGCUGACGUUCAUGGAGGUUUGAAAUGGGGUGUACGAUGUUGUUAUGAUAUGCGCCAAAUAUAUAUCGAUAUAAGUAAAGUCCACCAGAGUAAGCUGUAAUAACAACACCGACAAUAACAAUAAACAGACAGGAGAUGCGACACGACUAGUAUUAUUAUCUCAAGUCGCCGCCUACAAAGUGUUCUUGAUUGUAGCCAGGGUACUCAGUUCUACAUGCCUGUGAUUUCUAGACAGUUUUGAGUGCCAAAAACAUUUUGCUCCUGGAGACCCUGACAAUAUUAUUCCUUGUAGAAUUAUUUACAAUUCUAUAUUGCGAGAUCUUGAGCCUACCUCAUGUGAACUUUAACGCUGUAUGACCUUCGACCUGCCAGUGAAUUCAAAGACAAAAAAGUCGCGAUUUGUAAAUGUGAUUGUUGAAUGUUGUGAAACUGUUGACGGCCCCUCCCACAUCUGGUAUCUCACAAAAGUCGCGAUUCAUUGGCUGGUUACGUAGACGAGGAGGUCGAAGGUCAUUGGAUGGUGUGAGCCAGGUGCACGCGAACUGUGAUGCUGAGCAAAGUGCUCGCCAUCUUGAGGUGGCAACUACGUGCCUCACAAGGCCGUUGGUGGUGUUUACGUGACGGCCGUUAGCAAACGUUGAGCUACGUGAUGCUCUUAGCGAACUUUGAAGACGUGAGCAGACGUGGACCCCAGGGCCUUCCAAGGUAGGCAGCAGUGCACGAGAUGGCUCUUGCCUUUGUUUUCCUAGUGUUUGCCAUGGAGGACAUGAACUGGUGUGUGUGCCACUGUGUUGCCAUGGAUGACAGGUGUGUGUGCCACUGUGUUGCCAUGGAUGACAGGUGUGUGUGCCACUGUGUUGCCAUGGAUGACAGGUGUGUGUGGCAUUGUGUGGCGCGAUAGUUUUGCCAAGGAUUGAUGAGAGAAACAGAGAAAACCCUGAUUCUUUGCCACAGCUUAUAUUCCGUUACUUAUUACAUUUUCGGACAAAUUGUGUUUGUAGCAUGUUUUGAUUUUGUUUUUGCACGUGACAACUGUUCGCCAGGUAGUGGGCCUGUGUACCUGAGUUGAGCGCGAUUAAACACCUCUUCAUGGUUGAGCGCCUGUUACUUGUGCGUUCACGUUGAACUUUGCACUUCGGUGCUUAGUUACAGAUGAUGCAGCAGAGGUGUUGGCACCGUGGAGAAAAUAAUAUUUUUACUUCUGUGCCCAUUGUGAUUCGUAAGAAGUUUUAGUGAAAGUGUCUGUACUGGACCAGACCUCAGAUGAGUUUGGACUCAAGUCCACGAGAGACCGAGAAACACUUCUUUAAUCGGAUCUCGAAAUAAUGACGACGUUUAAGAUACACUUAUCUUUUGUUUUAUUUAGUGUUAAACAAAGUACUUUUUUACUUGUUUUUGUGAAAGCUGACUUUACCCGUCUACCUUAUCUAUUCUGAUUUUAUCGUCAUCGGUUAACAGGGUUAAACUUCACAGCUGUUACGUGACAGCUGGCGGUGCAGUAUUCAGGUUGUUACAUGUAGCCACGUUGUUACUGUUACACAUGAACAAAGCAACAAUGAAUGUAGGGACUGAUCGCACAAGAGAUUAGUGUAGAUAUUGUAGAUAGUGACACUAAGCACCUCACAGACCGAAACUAAACAAACUCGAGUCUGGGCAGGUUGUAAGGAUAGACGAGGAUGAAGUAGAGAACGAGCAGAUGGUAGCAGUGAGCAUUACACAAACAACGACUGAGCAGGUUACACUAGACUUAGAUAACUGGAGUCAGGGGAACAUAGAUGAGUGACCUGCUCUGUGAGUGCAUGCAGGUGGUUGUAGUUACCUGUGAGUGUCGAGGUGUACAGAGGUCUUAGUGAACUACCUCAGUGAACUGUUGCAUCCCUGCUCUGUGCCCUGUGUGCCGUGUGCAAGACUGCACCUGACCAGUCACCACUCCCAACACGUGUCGUCUGUGUGUGGUGAGGAUGACUUACCUCAAUGCCGUGUCACUGUAGGUGUUGAUGACUGGCCAUCUACUCAGUGUGUCAUCUGUUUAAUGGAGUGGAUGACGCCAGCGACUGAGUUGACUGAACUUGUGAUAAGUGAAACACUUGAAGACACUGGGAUGCUGUGUGAUAUGUGAAGUACUGGAGAGAGAGAGAAGGAUGUGUUGCUAUGUGUGAUGUCAAUCACUGGUGAGACACUGUGUUGCUGUGUGUGAGGAGACACCACGUACAUCAUUAGAUCACAGUGAGUUUUUAUUUAAAUAUAUUUCUUAAUAUUAAAAAACAAAACAUCUA